AUGAGUACACCGAAAAUUCGCGGAAAGUCUGCACUCCACAUCAACGACAGUAUCAUCGGCACGCCCGGUGCGGCUGCCUCGCAGCAUGCCCUGCUGAAGAUCGAGUCCGUCGUGCCAAAGCUUACCAGCCGGAACGCGGCCCCGAACGGGAGCAUCCUGCCCGGGGGCAGCCACUCGAGCCGGUUGCGUACCUUCCACCGAUCGCACAGCACGCUCAGCUCGUCGUACCUGAAGAAGCUCUCGGCCACCGCGACUAACGGUGGUGGUGGUGAUCUUCAACACCAGCACCACCGUUCGCAGCGGAUCUUUGCACCACGACCGGAAGUGAUCACAGAGCGCAGCAGUCAUGGCGCACCAUCAGCACCACCACCACCACCAUCACCACCACGAGGCCGGCGGCACAUCGACGGCGAUCGAUGCGUCACUCCUGCAGGCACCGGGUCUCCGCCACCCCUCGACAGCACGCUGAUCGUCCAGAACGGGGUCUCGAGCAUACGCCGGUCGCAGAAGGAUCGCGAGAAACACCCCGAUCGGGUUAACCUGGACCGGAAAGGGCUAAGCUCGGUACCGAUCAUCGAGGACGAACCGAACCUGCGGCUUCUGUCGCUCCAGCACAACCUGAUCAACUCGUUCCACAUCCCGCCGGAUGCCGAUCCCAACAACAACCACCCAACACCGGUGGCCGGUCCUACGCCACCGCCAGCCCCACUGCCGGUGUACGGUGGCAGUCCACACUCAACACCGACCAAACCCUCACCCACCGGGACACCGACCAAUGGGCCAACUCCGGUCAGCCUCUCCACUGGACCCUCCGCAACCCUGUACGGUGGGGCCGCCAAGUCCGUCAAGCAGUUCCUCCGCCAGAAGUCCACCUCCCGAGGGCAGCUGUUUGGAAUGGGCCCGAAUCUGGCGAGUGGUGGCCCAGUGGCCGGUGGUUCCGGGGCCAGCCCAACGGGAACAUCGGCCAGCUUCAUCCAGAGCAAGAUGACGAUCGGUGCCAAACAGGGUGGUGUGGCCGGACCACAAGCCGUCGCCGGGCCGCUGAAUGUGUCUCCCCAUCUCCAGAAGUCAGCCGCAUCGGCUUCGGGGCCGAUCGCUAUCACGGCACAGCAGAAAAGUUUGCUCAAAAAGUCCAACAGCUUCAUCGGUGGUCCGAGCAUGUUCCUGAGCAGCGGCCAGCCAGGCACCGGUGCUCCGGGUCCCCCCGGCGGUAGUCAGACGACGAACGGGUUGCUGAAAAUGCGUGCCGGAAAGUUACUGCUCGUCCCGUCGUUCAGCAUCGACAACCUGACGCACAUCAGUGAGGUGUCGCCCGCGGGUUCCGCGCCACUGGACCACGAGUUUUCCAACGCCUGCGGUGGUGGCGGAAGCGGAAGUGGUGGCGGAAGUGUGGUGAACAGUGGGAAAACGACCCCCACCAGCUGUGGGCCGUUGCAGGCCGUGUCGAUACCGCUGGCCGCGGGGGAAACCGUGGCACCGCGCUACAACCUGGGCAAUCUGGUGUUUCUCGAUCUGUACGAUAAUCAGAUCGAGAAGAUCUCGUGCCUGGACGGGUUGAGGAGUUUAACGGUCCUGCUGCUGGGCAAGAAUCGGAUCACCGACAUCGGUGGGCUGAUUUCGCUGAAAGCCACGCUCCGGGUGCUCGAUCUGCACGGCAACAAGAUCAGCAGCAUCACCGGCAAGAUCAGCCAGCUGCAGGAACUGAAAUCCCUCAACCUGGCCGGCAACGCGCUACGCCAGAUCCAAGCGCAGGACUUUGCGGGCCUGUUCAGCUUGAAAGAACUGAACCUGAAGCGGAACCGGAUCAAGAAGAUGUGCGGCUUCGACGAUCUGCACAACCUCGAGCGGCUCUGGCUUUGCCACAACGAUUUGCAGUGCGUCGAGGACAUGUCGGCGAUCGCGAAGGCGAUCAACCUGAAGGAGGUGACGAUCGAAAACAAUCCCGUCUCGCUGGCCGGUGACUGUGUGUCCUUUCUGGUCAGCUAUCUGCCGGGCCUGGUGUCCCUCAGCCAGAUGCAGAUCACGGAGCAGGUACGGCGCGCGGCGUCAGCGUGGCGCAAAAAUAAGGAACUGUCCGACACCAAAUACUCCAACCUCACGUCGGACGUGUGCCAGAGCAUACGGAGGGAGGAAAUUAUCUCGAACGCACGGACCAAUUGGGAACUGCUGCGUUCCCAGCAGUCGACGGUAAUUGCCCGCUCGGGCGCUCAGCGACUCACUGCCAAUGGCCACGGGGCGUGCAAGGACGGGGACCUUGAGCUGGCGAGUACGGUGUCGACCACGGAGAGUGGCCCAGGACCAGGAGGUAGACCGAUCAAGAAGUCAAGCGGUGCACCCAACGGACCAACGCUGACCGGUGGGAAACCCCAGAAGCUGCCGAAUGGCAAAAAGGCGACACACAACCGUAAGCUGGUGCGGUCCUCGUCGCACGACAACUCCGGUUCGCAGCUCUCCGAGCAGGGUGGCGAGGACUACUUUCGUCUGCCACCGAUUCUGGCCC